AUCCAAAAACGGAAUAUUUUGUAUUCUUCAUAAGAAAAAGUGGUUUGACGAGUAGUUUUAAUUCAAUCGAGGCCUGAGCCCGUGAUUGGCCUCGUGGUCCACGGAGAGAGAGAGAGGGGAUGUGACGCUUCUGCCAGUACAAAACACAUACUGCUGCAACACAUCAACACACACACCCGGUGGAACCAGCGACAGGCAAUCAACUCUGCUACCUAUUACUAUCCAGCAUCACUUUGACAUCUGGGGAGCAACUCACCAUCAUUCAUUUUGGAUUUUUCUUUAAAGCAUGGCCGAUUUCCUUAUCAGUGGUGGCACAGGCUACGUUCCGGAGGAUGGACUCUCGGCCCAGCAGCUCUUCUCCAUCGGGGAUGGCCUCACCUACAAAUCUGACCAACAGUGUGUUGUCUCGGAUGGUCAAACUGCUGAUGAGCUGUGCUCUAGAGGAGAUGGGUUGACUUACAAUGACUUCCUCAUUCUCCCCGGCUUCAUUGACUUCACCUCAGACGAAGUGGACCUCACGUCGGCCCUGACCAAGAAGAUCACGCUGAAGGCCCCCCUCAUCUCCUCUCCCAUGGACACCGUCACCGAGUCGGCCAUGGCCAUCGCGAUGGCGCUGAUGGGAGGGAUCGGUAUCGUCCACCACAACUGCACACCUGAGUUCCAGGCCAACGAGGUCCGGAAGGCCAAGUGUACUUUACUCCCUCCCCACCUCCUUGGAACGCCUCCUAUUGUAUAUUGGCCUUCUAGAAUAACCAUGAACGGGCUCAAUGAACAUAGCGACCACCGCCAAACCCUAGUGCAGCGCUUCGAGCAGGGCUUCAUCACAGACCCCCUGGUCAUGAGCCCCAAGAACACGGUGGGCGACGUCUUCGAGGCCAAGGUGCGCCACGGCUUCUCGGGGAUCCCCGUCACGGAGACGGGCAAGAUGGGCGGCAAGCUGGUGGGCAUCGUCACCUCGAGAGACAUCGACUUCCUCACGGAGAAGGAUCACAGCAGACCCCUGGGGGAGGCCAUGACCAAGAGGGAGGAGCUGGUGGUGGCGCCCGCAGCGGUCACACUGAAGGAGGCCAACGACAUUCUGCAGCGCAGCAAAAAGGGCAAGCUGCCCAUCGUGAACGACAGUGACGAGCUGGUUGCCAUCAUCGCGCGGACGGACCUGAAGAAGAACCGGGACUACCCGCUGGCCUCCAAGGACUCCCGCAAGCAGCUGCUCUGUGGCGCCGCCAUCGGGACCCGGGAGGACGACAAGUACCGCCUCGACCUGCUGGUGCAGGCCGGGGUCGACAUGGUGGUGCUGGACUCCUCGCAGGGCAACUCGGUGUACCAGAUCAACAUGAUCCACUACAUCAAACAGAAGUACCCCGACCUGCAGGUGGUGGGAGGCAACGUGGUGACGGCAGCACAGGCCAAGAACCUGAUCGACGCGGGCGUGGACGCCCUCCGGGUGGGCAUGGGCUGUGGCUCCAUCUGCAUCACACAAGAAGUGAUGGCGUGCGGUCGGCCCCAGGGCACCUCGGUGUACAAGGUGGCGGAGUACGCGCGGCGCUUUGGCGUGCCGGUGAUCGCCGAUGGCGGGAUCCAGACGGUCGGACACGUGGUGAAGGCGCUGUCCCUGGGGGCGUCGACCGUGAUGAUGGGCUCCCUGCUGGCCGCCACCUCCGAGGCGCCGGGGGAGUACUUCUUCUCGGACGGCGUGCGGCUGAAGAAGUACCGCGGGAUGGGCUCGCUGGACGCCAUGGAGAAGAGCACCAGCAGCCAGAAGAGAUACUUCAGUGAGGGCGAUAAGGUGAAGGUCGCCCAGGGCGUGUCGGGCUCCGUUCAGGACAAGGGCUCCAUCCACAAGUUCGUCCCCUACCUGAUCGCCGGCAUCCAGCACGGCUGCCAGGACAUCGGCGCCAAGAGCCUGUCUGUGCUCAGGUCCAUGAUGUACUCCGGGGAGCUGAAGUUUGAGAAGAGGACGAUGUCGGCACAGGUGGAGGGUGGAGUCCACGGGAUGCACUCUUACGAGAAGAGGCUGUACUGAUGGACUUGCCCGGACCAACCCAUUCCCGCAGUGACCAAAUGUAACCCCCACCCCCCCCCGACAAAACCUCCUCACAGAAACACCCCGCACCGACCAACACACUUGGCUUGGCUCGCCCGCACUUCUUGUUGUCAUAUGAGCUCUCUCUCUCUCUCUCUCUCGUUCUCUGAUGCUACAAGCCAAUAAGUCGUG